GGAUUAGAAUCCAGAACUUCUAAAACCAAUUCCAGUUGUUUUUGUAGUUUCUGUUGCUAUUCUUUCAUUCAUUCAGCAAAUUUGUAUUGAACACCUGUCCGUGCCAGGCACAAUUCCAGAUUACAGCAUUCCCAGAUUACUCUGAGAAUGCUGCAGUGGCAAACUCUGGGCAUCACAGAAUUUAUAUUAUAGUAAGAAGGGGACAGACAAAAUAAUAAUAAUAAUGACGAUAGUGCCAUGAAAAAAAUAAGGCAGAGUCAAAGGAUGGCAAGGAAGGGGAAUGAAAUGUUAGGGUGGCUUGCGUUAGGAACAUCCAGAUGUUGCCCGUGGACUCCAACAAAGGGAGCGACCCCAGCUGCCAGGUCGCCCUGCACAAGCCCCUCUCCGGCUUACACAUCAAGUUGUGGAAGCCAAGGGAGGCGGGACGGCAUACGCAUGCGCACGAAGGAGAAGGCGAAGCCCGAAGGGAGCCGCAGAGCGCGAGCUCGCUGUAGCUCAGGAACUCGGAGGAUUUUGACAAGGACUCGGUCGGCGGGUAUGAUUGUGCGCAGGUUAAUACCGGGUGGCAAGGCGUCGCCCAAUAGGAACUUCCUAUUGGAGGUUGUGGUCCCACCCCCCCCCCAGCAUAAUUUCUACUUCCGCUUCCGGCGCUGCGGCGGUCCAGGUGGAAAAUGGCGGCGGCUGUGUCCCGGGUUUCUGGGCUGCUGGCUCGGUCCCGCCCACAGCUGGGGCGGCCUAAGUCGAGUGGCGCCCACGGCGAAGAGGGCUCAGCUCGCAUGUGGAAGGCCCUCACCUUCUUCGUCGCGCUCCCCGGGGUGGCAGUGAGCAUGCUCAACGUCUUCCUGAAGUCGCGCCACGGAGAGCACGAGAGACCCGAGUUCAUCCCCUACCCCCAUCUUCGCAUCAGGACCAAGCCCUUUCCCUGGGGAGAUGGUAACCAUACUCUAUUCCACAACCCUCAUGUGAAUCCACUUCCAACUGGCUAUGAAGAUGAAUAAAGAAAACCUGGACCACUACCCAGGCACUGGGGACCACAGCAUUGGUUUGGACCAUUACUCUGCACACGGACCAGAAAAAGUGUACGGGACCUUAUGCUCACCUUUUAUCAAAUGAUUACCAGUAUACUGAUCUCCCAUCCCUUUGCUUGUGGCAGGAGAUGGCUUAAAUAAAUACUUUAAACUUAGAUUGGU